GUACAAUGUAAAUGAACAUUUUCAAGCCACUUUGUCUGGACCACAUAAGCUAGCUUAUCAAAAGUGUUCUCCAGAAAAGCCUGUAGAAAAGAAUGCUAUUGAAAUCAAUGAUCCAGAGUCAAUACGUAUGAUUGAAAAUGAGAAAGAAUGCUUAUCUAAGACUUACAGUGUAAAUGAAAAUUUUCAAGCCACUUUGUCUGGACCACAUGAGCUAGCCUAUCAAAACUGUUCUCCAGAAAAACCUGUAAAAAAGAAUGCUAUUGCCCUAGAACUUAAUGGUCAACAGAAUGCAAGUUCUUCCAAAGAAGGAUAUGACGAAUAUUUGAAACUCGAAUACAGCACCAGUAUUGAGGAACUAAACAAACAGACUACUGUUUCUAAGUUAUGCCAGCCUCUAGAGAGGUACUGUACUCCAGAGCUACAGAGGGACAACCAAGCUCACAUCAGCCAAAGAGUUGUGAGCAGAAAAGUGUAUACUUGUUCCCAAACAGAGCUCACAUCAGUCACUAAUGAACAGCCUAAUCAUUAUACAACCAAGAAUCAGGCAUCAUCAAUGAUUGUUCAAGAAGAAAAGAAGCAUGACAAUCAGCUACAGUCUCAACAAUCAUCCAUCCUCACUGAGCCUGUAAAAAUACCAGACCAUGAUAUGAGAGAGGUCUUGAAACCGGAUCCUGAUUCUUUAGCCAUUUGUGAGAAAACUAAUAUGAACCCAAAUAACCAGGUUAGAACUGAAUCAACAGAAGAAACAGAGCCUAAUGGAAUGGAAUAUGCAAAACACUCUUAUAGGAUUAAUGAUGACAGACACAGAGUAAAACUGAAAAAAUACAGAAAAGCCCAUUUUACAGCUCCUCCAAGUUCAUCCACAGACUCAACACCUGAUUCGUCCAUGGAUGAAAUUGCUAAAAUUAGAGUCCAUAAAAGUACUUUAGUCAAAAAUUGCAAGCCUGCUAUUGGAACACCAAAUUUAGUCAUUGGAAAGAAACAUACAUUAACCAGUGAACAAAGUGCACCUCAGUCUUCUGUAGAUAGUCCAGGACCAAAAGAUUUAAAAUCAAUACAUUUUCAGUCUCUUGGAUCUGACACUGAUAGUCCACACUCUUUUGCAGAGUUCACAAAUGAUGUCAUGCUUGAUGUAGCAAAGGAAGCGGAUAGCAUCAUAAAGAGACAUCAUCAUGUUACUUCAAAACUACUACAAAAUCCAAGUGUUUUGUCAGAGGCUGAUAAAGCAGUAAAUUCAGCCAAAAUCAGUUCAUCCAAACAUCUUUCCCCUGACAGUAAACUGAUAGGAGCAAAAUUAUCUGAUAAGACAUCCAUACAAAAUAGAGAACCUGUGAUACAUUUUGCUUCAAGUGACAUCAACCCAUUCACCCAUACUGGAAAAGGUGAUCACUUACCUAAGGCUAAUCACAAAAAUCAGGCAUUCGGAAGUGAUGUUAACAUACCCAGCCAACUAUGUUCUGACAAAAGUAUAGCAAGAAGUUACAGUGUUGAUAAUGGCUUGAAUUGUCAGAAUUCCCCCUUUAAUUCACAUCUGAGCACUUACGCAAUGCAGAAACAGCUUUCCAGCACUUUAAGUACUUCUGAUUCCAAAGAACACAUUUCCAUUAAAUCCCAGAUAAAGGGACUCACUAAUACUUCAUUUGUUUGUCAACGGAAGACCUUAUCAACUUCGAACAUUGACAAAUUUGAAUUAGGCCGUGACUCCGGUCAGGUUGAUAAAACAGUACCAGUCUACUCCCCUGAUCAUGAGGUUCAACAGAGUACACAGGGCUACUUAAGCAAAUGUGACCACGGAACACAGACAGUCAAGUUUGAGGACCUAAAGAAAAACAAUAGACACCAGAGAAGCAGCACACAGGUUCCUGUGUCUAGACCAUCACAUGGAACAUCAAACACUUGGGCAAGCCUGCAGAAUAUGUCUGAACAUCUUUCUGAGUUGAUUCACAGUACCUCUGACCUUUUGGGGAACAUUCAGUCCAUGAGGACAGAGGAAAAAUGUUUCAAAUAUGUGCAUCCAAUAAAGAGGUGCAGUAAAGGUUUAAAUGUAUACCCUGGAAUGUAUGGCAAGAGUAAUGGCUCCACUCAAUCUGCUAUAGAUAUUGGUAUCCAGACAGAAGACACUCCACUGAUUCUUGACAACUGCCCAUCUGUAGGAAGAAACAAGCCUCAAGAAGUCAAUCUGAUUGUUAAGGUUAUUGGCUCAGAGGUUUGCAGUUUACCAAAGCAAGAUGGUGGUGUCAGUAACUUCAGUAAUCUAUGUGACCAAAGACAACCAUUUGUAGCUGUUGAAAGUAUACCUGACUUGCGCCCUGAAAGGUCACUUCUAUCUAAAGACUUUGCAGAGAAAUUAGAUGCUUUGAAGGUUCUCUCUCUAGAGACUGUUGGACCCAAUCAAAACAGUCCCAACCCCAAGGUCUUAUCUUCUGAUAAAGUGGACCAUAUACAUAAUAAUUCAUUAUUCAACUCUGUUGGAGUUUGUGCCCAAAGCAAAUACACCACUGACAUGUUGGCAAGAGAGAAUCAACUUCAGAAAAAGCCAAAGAGUAAACUGGAUAAACAAGCACUGUUUAUAGACCGUGCUUCCUCACCUAUUCUCACAGUGGACAUUCCAAGAUGUUUGCAAAAAGGAAAAUCCGCUCAGUAUUUAUCCAACCAGAACAUAUCUACAAUGCACAACCCCACUGAGACACAGUUCUCCAGAACUGUCAGGAAUCCACCGGAAAACAAGCACAUGUUAACGUCAUCUAAAUCAAUAUCUCAACCAUGUCAUUUGUACACACAUCGAAUUAAAAAGGUUUGUAAAAACAAACCGGCAUCUUCUGUGUCUUUGGAAAAUGUGAGUCAGAUACACUGCACAGAUGCAGAUGAAUCUUAUCCAUACCCCACAGAAAUUUCUACAACCAGCAAAUGCUCUUCCUCUGUCAGACAUAAGAAACCUGAUGAUUGUAACCAAAAUGCAUUACUAUGCUCAACACCAAUCAAUCAAAGGAACAGAACCACCAUGCAGGAAUAUAAACACAGGCCCCCAGAGGGUAAUUUUAAGUCCUGGAGUGAUCUAAGCAAAGACACUCUUCAGUACCAAGAGGAAGACAUCAUGUCAGUAGCUCCAAGUGAAUGCAAUACAGACAUCUUGGUCAGCAUCAACCCAUUUUCUGAAACCAGUCCACUCCAAGACGAACAUAGGAUUCCUGAAAACCUGCCCAUGCACAAUAAGUUUACCCACUGGUCAGGUAUUAGCCAACAUGGAUCAGCAAGACUCAUCAAUGAAAAAGCUGUGGACAAGUUGGGCAUUAACCCAAAUAGUUUUCAACUACAUUCAGCAGAGUCAGAGAGUCUUGGUUAUAGACACAAACCAGAGUUCUUGGAAGGGGAGGAUAGAUGCACCAGAGAAAUUGAGAAACUGCGAAAGGAGCGACAGCAGGUACUGUCCUCAAUGCAUCUAGACACGCACUAUGGUCUUGGAAGGAGAGACACACUACUCAAGAUGCUCAAGUCCAGCUCCAGGGUUGAGUCCACCCACUCCACCAAACAGCAGCUAUACGAGAGACACAGAAGGAGUAUUGAUGGUUUGACCAAAGAGAGAGAAGCACAUCUUCAAACAUCCCGUCGGGCUCGAAGUCUUAGCCCCGGCGAGCAUGCAAACUCAUCAAAUCACAAAACAGAACAGCUUCAAAGAACUUUGAAUCUACCAAGUCAGCAAAGGGAAUAUCUACAGCAGCUACGCAGAGAAGUAGUGGAGAUGAGCAGAGUUCCUGAUCCACCAAAAAGAGAGUGUCCAACUGAUAUUGAACUUCUGCUGCGUGACUACAGUAGAGCUCGUGAGGAAGCGAAAACAGAGAUUGCCAUGGCACGACUGCGGCUUCGUGAAAGGACAGAGCAGGAGAAACGAAGAUUAGAGCAACAGGCUUUCACACAGGCUGUGAAGGAUGACAUGAGGCUUCGAAUGCGUGUCAGCAACAGCACUUUGUGCACUGGUUCAAAUCUAAGUCUCUCUUCUGGACCUACAUCUGGCUACAAUAGCAGCAAUGCAGCUUUACUUAAAGAUGGCACUUCACCUUCUAUUCAGAUCACAGAAUUCUUAGAUAAAGGACUAAAAGUCAGGACUCAGCCUCCCAUGAUUCAUCAGAGUUUGAAGUCCUCACAAACAUGGCUUUCAGCCCAGGAUAUUCGUUUGGAGAGCUCCUCCUCUGGAUCUGAGCUUCAGUCCUCUCCAUCAGCUUCCCCUGCACGGCAGCACACCUGUUCUUUUGGCUUUCCAUCAUCUUUUAUGACAUCCUACAAGAACAUUUCAGAUGGCACUCUUACAAGUGCAAUUUCAGAGGUUCAUUUUGCUUCUGGAGGAGACAUAAGCAAUCUACUGGCAGGGAAGGCUACAGCUGGAUGGAGGCAUCAGGGCUUGGUAAAAGGAGUUCAUACCUUUCACAAACCUUCCUCCAGACCCUCUGCUCAUGGGUUUCUGGGUGCUAUGGAGCUUGAGAGAUCCUUAACUAGUAUGUGGAAUUUAAUCCGAGACCACUCCAAGAUUCAUCUAUAUCACAGGUCUCUCAAAUCUGCCUGGACCCGAUCGCUAGAUAACAGCACAAGACUAAUCUACUUGUUGACAGAUCCAUCCAGCUGUCAUCUGAAACAGCCACGGGAUUUUUGUUGCCUCAGCACAGAGUCCAAACAGGGUGAUAUGUGGGUGUUAGCUAUGCAGUCUGUAUUUGAGGAAUCUCUUCCUCGCCCAAGUGUGGACACUGUACGUGGGGAGAUGUUUCCCAGCGCAUGGAUUCUCCAGCCCAGUCAAAAACAGGGUCGAGAUGUGGUAGUAGUUAUUUAUCUACUACAGGUUGAUUUAGGGACUCCAUCACUGCCACAGAGACUGGUAAAUGAAGUGGCUAGGAAGCAGGCAGCAGUAAUUGCAGACCUUGAUUCCUUUCUCUCCCUGUGAUAAACCAGGUUACACCUGAGGCCUUUAAUCACUUUUCAAAGAUUUGCACCAUUUUUUUCCUCUUUUCCAGCACUGAUUAUUUAUAUUAUUUUUAGAAACAAUGGAAAUUUAUUUUGGUAUCUUUUUUUAUAUUGUAAAUAUUUUUUAUGGUGCUGUUUAUGCCAAAGAGUCAACAGCUGCACUUGAAUUUUUUGUAUGUCUCAAAUACUCAAACUCUGUACAUAGCUUAACAUUAGCUAAAUUACAAUCACUGCCCAGUUCUCUUUAUUUAUAACUUAGUAUUUAAAAGAAUCAGCUGAAAUUUAAGCUAAGAUUUUAACACUUGAAUUUGGCAAAAAUUGCAAAGACAUCUUUUGAUGAAGUAUGUCAGAAUGUAUAAAAUGCAGUACAAUGCCUCAGCAUGACAUAAACCAUUUAAUUGUCAUUAGGUGAAGCACACAGCUAUAUUUCUGCACUAAAGCUACACUGAAGGUCAAAUGAUGCUGAGAGGGAAUAUUUUAUACUAUUUACUGACUGUCAUAUGUAGCCAUUGUCAGUAUUUCAUUAUUAUACACUGUGUAUUUUCAUAAAACACUGUUGUAGAAAAAAAUAUCAUUGCAGCAUUUAUAGCAAACACACUUGUUUUACACAUGCUGGAGGUUUUUUAGCAUUGCAAAAUCCCUUAAAAAACGUUUUUUUAUACCUUGCACCAAAAGGAUGGUUUAUGUGUAUAAAAUGCAAGCUGUUUUAAGCUAUUAUGUCAGCAAAAUAAUAGCCACAUUGCAAACAAAUAUGCAGCACCAGUGAAAAGUAAUGAACCCUUGGGGUUGGAGUAAGUGAUGUUAGUAUAUUUACUUAAUUUAUUAUUAUCAAAUCACAUUUUAGAGUAAAGCUAAAAAAAGGUUACAAAAUCAAUCACAGCAAACUAAGACAGAUCCAUAAUUUAGGACACUUUCUACACUUCCUAGGAGCGGGUAUCCUGCAAAUAUCCUCACACCAAGAGCACAAUAUGCAGUGCUGAAGCAGGUGAAAAAUUAUUUGCAUAAUCAAAGAAAAAAUACAAAACAAAAACAGGGUGAAAGACACCAUGAGGUGAAACACUGCUAUCUUAAAAAUAUUCCAACUGUAAAGGAAGGUGAAGAAAGCAUCAUAGUUUGGGCUGUUUAUCAGCAUCAUGGAUGAGGCAAAAAUGUUUUACAGUAGCUUAACAUAAAUGACCCAAAACUCUUUGAGAAAAAUACAAUUGUUACAAUUGUUUAUUGUUAUAUGUUAUAUUGUAUGCUGUUUCAUCCAUUUUGACCACCAUGGGGAUUUCCUUUACCUAGUGGCAAUUUACUCUAUCUAAUCUAAAUAAUAGCAUGAAUUACUACAAUACUGGUAAUAGUAAUGUACAAUAUUGUGUUCACAAAGUUAUUGUGAAAGUUAUAAACCACUGUCUAAUGUAUAUAGAUCAGGAUUUUCUUCAGCACUGUGCAAUGUGAUUAUGCAAAGGUUCAAGUUGGAGCCUGAUAAUGAAGGACAUAAUGGACUGUUUCCAUUACAAAAGAAAUGAAGCCAGUUUCUCUGUUUUGUAUAUGCAAUAUAUUUUACAUAAAGCUACCAUAUUUAAUCUAUAUUUAAAUGAUAAUAAUGUAUAGAUUUGUUUGUUUACUGUUAAUUGUUUUCUAUUUCUAUUUUUAUACCUUAAUUCAAAAUGUUUGACUGUUUAUUUAUAAUAAAUAUUUUCUUACAUAUAUAGACUUUUUUCAAACAGCUCGUCUAUUGUUUAUUCAACCAAGGUGAGUUCCAGAAUAGUUAACUGGGUUUAAGUAAAAGCAUUUUGGCAAGGGUGGUAACUCAAGUAAAAUAAGAUGAGAUAAGAUUUACGCAUAAUUCUACAUAUAAUUGUAAAAAGUGGCAAAUAAUUAUUAAGGGAAAAAAAAUCUAGAAACAUUUUUGACAUGUCCAAAGUUACAGUGUUGG